GGGGAUUCUUAAUUUAUGACAUGUCUAUUUGUGUCGGUUUUAUUUUUUUUUUUUUAUUAAAAUUAUUUCAGGUUAUAAGACUACGGGUGUCUUAUAAUUUUGUUUGUAAUAUUAAUAUAUUUUUUUUUGAAGCAUAUUUCAAGUGGUUAAAAUAAGGAAUCUUUCAUCGAUGAAUAGGUAGUAUGUCGAGUAUAGUAUUGAUAUACUGAUCAGACAUCCGCAGGGUGUAAAUAUCACUGUGCGCGGAAACCCGUCAAGAAGCCAGCUGAAAAAUGAGCGACGAAGAUAACCAACAAGUUGAUGACAAAAAAUCCAAAGAACCAAUUCAGGUUGACAGAGGUCCGAUCACAACGACAACCAAGAAUGCUCUAAUAACGACCCAACUUAGUCAAUGUGACAUUUAUCCGAAUCGUCUAAAAGUCUCGAUUGUUGGAAUAGGAAAUGUCGGUAUAGCUUGUGCGAUCACUAUCCUCAUGAGGAGAAUAGCAAGCGAAGUUUGUCUGAUCGAUAAGAAUGCAUCCCGAGCAAAGGCCGAGGCCGAGGACAUCCGGCAUGCCGGAAUUUUCUUAGGGAAUCCAUUGGUCACUGGUACAUCUGAUAUAACAAUGGUGAAAGAUUCAACAGUUGUAAUAAUAUCAAUUGGUGAUAACGGCACCAAUGAAAAACCAAAUUUAUCACAUAAUUUAGAAAUAUUUAAAAAAGUCAUACCAGCAGUAUCAAAAUUUGCAUGUCAUUCAAUUUUACUUGUUGCAACAAGACCAAUUGAUGUCAUGUCCUAUAUAACAUGGAAAUUUUCAAAAUUUCCAUCAAACAGAGUACUUGGUACUGGAACAUUAUUAGACACAAUGAAACUUCAGUGUCAAUUGGGACAAAGACUUGGUAUUGCAAAUACUUCUGUUAAUUGUUUGACUAUCGGAGGACAGGGUGACACAUCAGUUCCAAUAUGGUCUGGUGUACAUGUUGGUGGUAUAAAAUUACGUGAUAUUAAUCCAAAAAUUGGUGAUAAAAAUGAUCCAGAACGUUGGUAUGAAAUGAUAAAUACAAUAAAUAAUAAUCAAUCAAAUAUUUGGUGUCUCGGUAUAUGUACAGCUGAAAUAGUUGAUGCAAUUAUUAGAAAUACAAAAGUCGUAUUGCCAGUAUCAACAUAUAUUCACACUUGCGUUCAUGGUACCGACAAGGACGUCUACAUGUCAGUACCAUGUGUGCUUGGGAGGGAAGGUGUUCAUCACACCGUAAGACAGAAACUAACUGAUCAAGAAAAAUCAUUCGUUCAAACAUCCGCCGAUGGAAUUCGAAAUAUACUUCGUGAUUGUGGCAUACUUGAACUUGAUGAAUCGACCUGAAUCAUCAUUAUUUAUUUAAAAAAAAAACAUUCAUAUAUUCUUAACAAUAAUAAAUUUAUAAUUAUAAUAAUAAAUAUUUUUAUCAAGUCA